AUGGAUGAGCCAGGCAGCAGGAACAACAGCCUGCAGAGGAAAAAGCCGCCAUGGCUCAAACUGGACAUCCCGACGAUCCAGCUGACACCGGAUGACACACCCACGCUCAACCAGGUAAAAGUUAACAAAGUCAGAAUUUCACAGCCGUUUCACUGGUGGAGCUUACACAAACAGAAGAACUACCAGAAUUGAAACAAGUAGAAAAAAAUAUCUGGUUUAUUCCAGGAUCUCGAACAUCUGAUAUUGUGGUUGUGGUUUCUUUGCAGCCCCUGAAGCGCCUGCGCAGUGUCAGCAUGCCAGGUGAAAACCCCAAGACCCGUAUUGCUGCCUUGGAAACUUCCAACAACUACCUCAGGCCUCAUCUGGAGAGAUUACCCUCCUUCACACAAUCCAUCAAGAGGUUAGACACACACACACACACACACACACACACACACACAUAUACACAUAUAUGGACAAGUUCAUGAGAGGUCCUCGUUCUUCCUCUGCUGAUUUUCUGCAGCUGCUAAUCCUCUUCAGCAUGUUGCAAAUCUUCCUAAUUCCAUUAAUUCUUCUUCACUAAUAAAUCUUUAACAGAACUAAUUAAAACUGCAGCCUCUUUCUGAUUUAACACAAAUUAAUCUUGCUCUCUUUCGCCCUCCCUCGCCUCCCUUCUCUUUCAUUUUGCCUUUUUUUUCCUCCUUGCUGCCUCCCCGUCCUCCUCUCUUCUUGCUGCUUCUGUUGUUAAGUGAGAAACGGGUGCGCUUUCAGCGGGUCAACACAGUUCCCCCAAAGGGCCAGAGAGGCCCGAGGAGGGUGUCGACCGUCCGAAGGCGAUCCUGCAUCCCCAAAAUACUAUCCCGACGGCGUUCGUCUAUUCCCAAACAGAUUAUGAGGUACAAGCGUCAUGGGGUUGGGGAUGAUGGGAGAGGGUGAUAACAGCAGUUUGAAAGUGAUUUAGUGUCUUGUGUGAAAUGGGAAACAGAGUUUAACAACAACAACAACAUCAGCAGUUACGGGCAAAAGUUUGACUCAGGGGAGAAGGUGGUUAUUCUUGAAGAAAACAUAUGAUACCUGUGUAACUCACUCUAUCAGCUGAUCGCUACAGCUGACAGCUCAGCGGAUAAACUUUCACAUAUUUUAUUGACAAAUGUCAGGAUGAGCAUGCUUUCUAAACUUCUGUAUCCUGCCUAUCCGUAUCUGCAUCUUCUUGCAACCCACCUCCAUAUCAGCUCCUUGUUUUUUAUCCUGUGUCACAUGAUCUUUGCUGCUGCUCUCCCUGCCUCGGCUUUUCAUGCAUGCGCAUGAAACAGAAGGGAGGUGUCCUCUCUCUUCUGUUUCAGGCUUUGGUAUCUCAUGUAGGGGGCGCUCAGAACAGAGCCAGACCACCAAACUAUUGCAUGCAGAUACUUUUCUCGUGGUCUUGACUGACUGAAUGAUUUGAUAGUAAAAGCAUGACCAAAUAUGGCGACUUGCAUGUAUCAGUUCGGUUUUAGAGAUGCCUGCACACUUUUAAGAAGGUUCUUGGCAAGAUUUUGUGUUUGCAAGAUGUUUCGCUGCCCUCAAGUGAUCAGAAAAAGAAAUGCAUUUUUAAGUGCAACUUGUUUUAGAUCAAUACAUGAUUUGAAAACUCAAAUCUGCAACUCAAGAUUGGAUAUUUUUAUGUAGAUUUCCACUUUUCUAGGUCAAAUCUGAGUCAAGUCAGCAUCCAUCAUAGAGGAUAGACACAUUCAUGUGAGAGAAGAGUAAACAAGACCUAAGGACCGACUCGUUCAUAAUGCACACAAACACUUUGAUGUUUUUCGCUCAAUUUAAGUCCUCUUAAUCCAACUUUACCUCUUUGUGCAAUGUUCUGACACACGAAGGUUGCACAUAAACUUUCACACAUAUGCAGAGUGUAUCAGGCAGACAAAAUAACACAAUUACUCAUGCAGACUGUCUAUGUGCUUCACACAGCAUGUGGGCCACAUCAAAGCAGCUCCUCUUAAAGUGCUAAAUGAAAUGAAAAUGUUUGAACAGAGAGCUGAGACACUGUUGUUCAAAGGAUCACCUCAUGCUUUAACCUUAUCACUCUUAGGUUAAAUAUGUGUGUGUGAGAAAGAAAAUGGUUGUGUUUGAUGUUUAUUGGAGAACUAAUAGGAUUGAGGGGGCGUUUGUGGAUGAAUGUGUGACAAUUUGGGGGUUAGUUCAGGUCCCUCUGACUUUGAGAAAGCACAUUAAUACAGAGUGAUUCUCAAAGUGUAAAUCAGGUACUGAUUUCCUCCAGAUUUUAGUGUUCUGGGGUGACUUGGAGGACACCCUGAUGCUUUCUGAUCUACAGGAGACUUCAAAAUCAUUUUAACGUUAAAGAGGCUUUUAUUUUGACAGAUGAAACCACAGAGAUACACAGACAGUCAUUUUCUCAUCCAUACUCACAUUUGUAAUGACGGGCGUUUGAGCUGAGCUUCACACGCUCUAUUGGACUUCUUUUAAGUGCUGACAGGAAUGUAUCGCUGCAAAGCAAGGUGGGGUUUGAGCUGAGCAUUUGUGGUCGGGCUUCACCACUGUACAGUGUGUGAGUGUGUGUGUGUGUGUCUGUGUUCGGGUUGUGUUCAGGCAUGUCCCAGCAGCCUCCCUCUCCUCUCUCCUCCCUCUCAAAGUGUAUGAUGUGCCAUCUUUCUUCUCUGCCUCUUUUUAAUCUCCUGCUUCCUGUGGAGAGCUGGUGUGUUAGGGAGAGGACUGGUGUUUACAUACGUCCGAUGUGAAACUAGAAAAAAAGAGAGAAAGAAAGAGAGAGAAGGAGAAGGAGGAGGACCAUGUUGAUGGAGGAGGUUGUUUUUGGGAUCAUGAUGGGGGGAGUCUAACUUUGACAAGGACCAGAGCUGCUGUCUUCUUCGCCCAGUAGGUCACAUCCUUUUACGCUCAAGGAGGCAUACUGGGAGUCUGUCCAGCAGCUGACACAUUCACACACUCCCACACACACACUCGCAGUCAUAUGGAAACUGGUAUUGGGGACACAAGGUCCUAAAACUGAAAGUCCUGGAUGUCUGAAACCCAGCUGGAGGAAGAGUGGGAGUCUCGUCUGACCACGGAGAUAAACGCCAGGAUUUACUUUAACUUUUGAUCAACCAGGAGCUCAGUGAGCAGCACGGGGAUGUUACACAAAGACAUGACAUGUGGUGAUCAUCCUGUCUUUACAUAACAGAGAGUUUAACAAGGUAACACUGGCCUGGAUAUCAAGAAAUCCCCUUAUGGAACAUCCUAUGUGUGCUUUGCCGAGGAUCAGUGAAAAUUCAGCUGAUGGGGGUUUAAUCCUGGUCCGGGGGUAAGCAAGGGAAGUGUGUCAGUGAUGCUGGUGAUUCAGCUGCACUGUCCCUGCCCCCCACAGGUAUGACACAGACUCUAAACCCCUCCUGGAGCUCUCUGGACAGGUGAGUGCGCUGUGGUUUAAGCUCAUGAGGGCAAACCAAAGUGGGGGAUGCUGAACAAAUAUGAUGAUUUGAGUCCUACUAAUGUUAGGUAACCACUUUUUCAUAUCAGCUGGAAAAGCCUCCAGGACUUUAAUGAAAAAACUUGGGAUUACAGCUCACUUUUUAAAUCAUUUUAGUGUGUUUGAGGAUUGUCUGGUGUUUUCCAUGACUGUUGGUUUCAUUUUUGCUUUUACAGAACUCAGACUUAGCGCUUUAAAACAUCUGUUUUGUUUUAAGGCUGAGUCAUAACAGACUCAAAGUUGAGACUACAUUUUUUUGACUAGUUUGAUCCUUCAAUAUAAUUCAUAUGUGGUUGAAAUUAAGCUUCCAUGUGUUUUUUUUUUUUUUGGUGGGGAUUGUUAAUGCUGAUUAGAUAUAAUUAACACUCUAAUUGCAUGUAUAAAAGUCUAUAUUUGAAGCUCUCUACAUACUAGCCUAUAAAAAAUGUAACAAAACAGCUAAAAGUGUCAUGACUGCUAGCUUAAAAUAUCUUCCAAAUAGCACUUGUUGUAUUCUCUCUCAAUUGCAUGUUAACACAGGUUUGCUUUAUGUUUGGAUCAGGGUUCAAAUCUCCAACCCGCUAAGAAGGAAAUGAACAGAUUUACUAUUGAGCUUCAUCCACUAAAUGUAGUGCUGUAGCUGGUAAAGAUGGAGGUGGUUUCUCUCUUUAAUUUUAUUUAUUAAACAACAGUCCACUUGAGUGCAUGUUUUCUGCAACAUUUCAGUGGCUCAGAGGUGGGGAAGGUUGAGCUCCUACUUUCUCCUUCUUUCAGUGGUGUGAGUGAGUGAAUGUGAUUUGUAAUGCAAAAGCGCUUUUGUCCUCAGAAGACUAGAGAAAGCUCUCUAUAAACACAGACCAUUCACUAUUUUAUUUUCAUCCGAAUGUCUUACAUGCCUCAGCUUGCGAAGGGGAAAAAUGUAUGAGUAAUGUAAUUUGUGUAAUUAUCAACAAAUGUGACACAUCAUGUGAGAAGAGGAAAACAACUUUUUUAAUCAAGGCUGGUGUUGAUGGUUUUAGCCUGAAAGAGCUCACAUUGUGGCUGUAAAAAAAUACUGAUAUUACCAUGAGACCGAACGGCAGAGAUUCACAGAAAUGAGUCCAACCUUAAAUUUCUCCUCUAUAUGUUAUAUAACUUUUUUUUUGUAAUUGUACACUCAUUUGAAUAAUUCUAUGCCUUUGGCUUUUUCUCUGUAGCUUGUAAUUACAGUACUACAGAUCCCUGCAUCAUGUGCUCCAACUUUACCUCCAGGACACGAGCUAAUUCAUGUGGUUUAAUGCGGCUUUAAUCUUCGAUGGGCGAUGAAUUUGCACUGUUGUCAAUCAGCCAUGAAAUAUUUCAUUUACUGUUUUGAGUACUUGUCAGUGCAUGUGUAGCUGCCUUCAUUAUUUUUUCAAGUAUCGAGAAACAGGCCUCAAUAUGUAACAUGAGCGAGCUCUGCAUGAUUUUUUUAGGCAACUUUACCUCUGUGUCGAUUGUUUCAUGAGUUAUAAUUUUAUUUUUUACACUCUGACCCUCUUCUUCACCCUCUGUGUUCCUGUAAAUACCACUCCUGCUUCCUUAAACGUGUUGUCUUUCUUACAUUCCUCUCUGGAGGGACAACAAUCAGCGCUGCGCCGCCCCCUCUUUGCCCUUGCGCAGCCUUAAAAGGCUUCCCCAGCUGGCGUCCUUCUUGCUGAUGAGACUCUAGUGUUUAUUACUGAGCACUCCUCUUUCCAAACAGUUUCUCCCCCGGAGUGGCCUCCCCCCUUCUUGAAAACACAACCUGGCAUGCAGAAGACACCAAUUCAUGGGAAAAGGGACCUGAAUGCACAUUUACUUAAUGAGAAAUAGACGCAAACAUUCAUAUCAUCGACAAGUUUCGACAGGGUGUACUUCUGUGCUGUUUGCAGGACUCAGACCAAGAGGUUGUGUCGGGACAAGAGAAUAUUUAACAUGUAUUCAGGAUCAUAAGUGUUCAUGUAAUCAAACAUGCACUCAUAAAAAAAGAAAGAUGGAGCAGAGGGAAAUAACUAGAUAGGAGCUGCAUUUAUCAGGAUUUAAUGCUGUGUCAUCGUAGUGCUGUGUGGGUUUUACAGCUGUACAGACGCAAGCCCCACAUUUUAACUUUUCAUCUCAUCACUUAACCUUAAUCCAAAAUAAAGUUAAAGCUGAUUUGCGCAAUUGAAGUAAGCCUAAUAGAGCUGCAGCCAAAGAUUAUUCAUGAGUUUCACUCUCGCUGAACGCCCUACGCAUGCCCUCUUUUUCUGUCUGACCCCUCUGUUGGUUCACAGUGUUGAAUACUUUUAAAACCUAAACAGUGCUAUGGUAUUUCUUUUAAAGUUUGCCUAAAUAACAGCAGGGAAAAUGGUCCAUGUUCAAUCAAGCAGAUGUCUUUUUGACAUGCGGUUGUUCUCAUCAGUCAAGACAAGAAAUCAAUCAGCAAAUGAACCGAUUAAAUCAUCAACUCAUCCUCAACCAGCAGCUGCAAUCAGUCAAAUGAUGGCUGUAUUGUUCCGCUAAUUAAGAGGGAGGUCCAAUGCAAUCAUCUGUAGUUAUCUCAGCUGUUAUUUGAAUGUAAAAGCAGAUAAAUGAACAAAAUUCUGAAUUAAAAAAAGCUGCUUUGCCUUUAUUUUGACAGGACAGGGUAGUAGAUAGUAAGGCUGGGUGAUAUGGUCUCAAAUCAAUAUCAUGAUAUGUUGAGCAGUUCACCUCUAUAACGAUAAAUGGACGAUAACUACUCCACAAGCUGCUCACCCCCUCCCACAUUAACUUUGUCUACAGCUGCCGUUCCAGCUGCUACAACUUUUGAACUGUCCUCCAUCUCCUCACCUGUCUUUCCCUCUUUGUUAUGGACUGGAUGGGGUAGAGUCAUGUCUCCAGUGUAGGACAGCACCUUAAAGGGAAAUGAGACCAUAGCCUACCUCUACUCAAAAAAAACAAAAAAAAACAACUUUUAUUAAUUUAUUUUUUUGACACUGAAUAUAUUGACAUGGGCAAAAUGACAUUGGUUAUUGUCGUAAAUUUCAGUAUUGGUAAAUUUGUGGUUUAUCGCCCAGCCCUAGUAGACAGAGCAGGAAAUAAGGAGAGGAGGGAAAGGAAGCGAACCUAGGUCAACCGCUGAGGCAAAUCCUUGUAUAUGGGCAAUGUGUAGACUGCUAAGCCAGUGGUGCUUCCAAAAUAGAGCCCUUAGUUUUGUCCUUGUGUUUUGUAAUGAUAACUUUAGGCCAUGAACAAAACUUUCUGUCUUCUUUAUUUAUCUCAAACUUGAAGAACAACAACAAAAAGAAAAAAAACCCUAAAUAAUAUACAUGUACAUCAAAUCAAAUUUACACAAACAUAUGUAUGUCAAAAACAAACAGUUUGAGAAGGAACAGAAUGAAGUAAAGAGCUCAUCUAGUCCUGCCCCUUCCUUGCAAAUCAGAGCCAAUAAUUAAUUGAAAAAAGAAUAAACUAACUGCAAAAAUCACAAAGACCUGUAUAAUUAUCUACAUACUCUGGUAUGACAAAAGUCUUUGGUAUUCUUCAAUGAGAAUGACUUAAAUACCCACUGAUUCAUAACUGUGUUAAAUUGGUUCACUAACUUGAGUCCUUUGUCUCUUCAGGGGUACAGCCGACUGGUUUGGGGUGAGCAAAGACAGUGACACCACCCAGCGAUGGAGGAGGAAGAGCCUGCAGCACUGCAGCCAUCUUUACGGGGGUCUAAAGCCGCAGGUGAUGAGGGAGAUGGAGCUCCACAGCCAAGACAACCUCUCCCUGGCCAGCACUGAGACCCCUCCUCCCCUUUACCUCCCAUCCCACCACCCCAGUCACCACCACUAUGGCAUGCAGAGGGUAGGCCUGCACCUGGGGCACUAUACAGUAGAAGACCAGGACAGUUAUUCACUUUUUCCCCCGGUCCUGAUUUCUCCCUCACUCCCUUAUCUUCCUCUUCAUUCCACUUUACAUGAGUGGCGCUUGCUUUUCCUCCGUGCUCUGUCCUCUUGCAGAGGGUCAGUUGAUGUAUUUUUUUAA